AUGUCUGUUCAUGUGAUAGCACUAUGUUUUCUGCACUGUGUAGACGUGGAUCUGAGGGGUGGUGGUAUAUUUCUGGACCAUAUGCUAAAACCGAACGGCAGGUUACGUUGUCGAAGCUUGCAGUGUUGCUUUGCUUCUUUACAACUGCAUGUUGAAUGUUUAGGCUGCCUAGCCGACAAUAUUAAACUUUAUAACGUAAGCGAAAGUUGGCGAAAGGAUGAGUGCACUACGUGUAGUUGCGUGGAAGACGGCACGGUGGUAUGUCAGGUGCAGGUGUGCAGUGAUGACUGCGAGAAUCCGGUAUACGUCGACAACCAGUGCUGUCCGACGUGUGCAAGUAACGAAACUGACUACAUAUGGGCAUAUCUACCAACACAAUGCCUGAGCAUGGAAUUGUGCUCGUUGGUAUGUGAACAUGGUUUAAAAAGUGAUAACAACGGAUGUUUAAUCUGCGAGUGUGAAAACUCCACCGGCAGCUCAAACUGUACUGAAUUUGACCUGGCAACGUGUACCAAGAAAUGUUGCAAGGGCUGCCCCCAGAUCCACACCUGCUACAAGCACUGUUUGUACGGAUUCCAGACCAAUGUCAACGGUUGCCGUAUUUGUAAAUGUCGAGGUUCACCCUCGGACCUUCCAAACGACGAAGCGGGCAACUCGUCUUCCCUUGAUCUCGCAGUGUGCUACUCUGAUUCUGGAUUCCACGACCACGGCGAAUGGUGGUUCGACAACUGUCGCCACUGUUAUUGUGAUCGAGGACGCGAGUUCUGCUCCCUGCUCGCCUGUCCGAAGCCGAACUGCACGCACCCGGUGUUCAGCGAGGGCGAAUGCUGUCCGCGAUGUCCAGGUAAAGACAACAACGCCAUCCGACUGGCCUGCCACGCCCCAAGUGACACCCAUCACUACGUCGAGGGCGAGUACUGGAACCUCGACUCCUGCGUGACUUGCACUUGCCACGUCGGCUACGUUUUGUGCUACCGCAAAGAGUGUCCCCCGGUUCCUUGCUCCGAACCAAAAAUCAUCGACGACCAAUGCUGUCCCGUCUGCAGUGACAAAGGUAGAAGAACACUUAACUUGACGUUCUGCACGACGGAGAAUGGGGUUUCGCAUAUGGAAGGCUCGGUGUGGAAAGAGACGCAGUGCAUUUCAUGCGCGUGUGAAAACGGAAAGAUCAACUGCUACGAGGAAGAAUGUCUGGACGUACCAUGCUACACCCAUGUCCUUCAUCUGAAGGAUUCAUGCUGUCCAGUAUGUACAGACAACAUGAGGAAGAGCGUUUGUCGUAUCAACGACGUGACAUACAAUGUUGGAGAAACGUGGCGAGAGGGACCCUGUCGCAAUUGUACAUGCAUGAGUAACAGCGAGAUACUGUGUUCGCAGCUGGAUUGCCGAAAAUGCAGCAAGCCGGUCUACGCUGCUGGACAGUGCUGUCCAAUCUGUGACGACUACCCGAAAACGUGGCGGUGGCGACCGACACCGUCCUACCCGGAAAUAACAGGAAGGUACAACGACGCUCAACAAGUGAGCCUGAUCCUGGCGCUGUCAAUCAUCGGCAUCCUCGGUCUGCUGCUGCUGCUCGUCUUGCUGACGUUCUGGUUCUUGAAAAGGUUCAGAGCGCCGCCGGUAUCGAAGACCGCCGAAGCUCGUCUGACAAGCUUUAAAUUCGAGGAGAAGGGCAAAGCUCUUCUGGCGCAGAUGAAGACGUCGUCGAACGGCGUGUGCAACGGCCUGGCAAUCCACAAGACCAACGGUGGUUUGCUGAACGACGUAGACGGUAGCGUCAACGAUUGGGCAAACGAUGACGUGUAA